GCAUUUACUAAAUUUAGGUUUCUAAAGAAAUCUGUAUGAAAAGGGGAAUUGGUAUGAAAACGGGAAAGCAUCGAACAUGACUUAGAUUCUCUUUCUCUGAAAUGUGUGGUGAUGACUUUCAGGCUCAGAACCAAAAAGUUAUUCUCAGGUAAUCAUUCAAUUUUCUUAUUUUCGGCGUCGGAAUCGGAGCCGGCGAACUGGCGUCCAUCGAUGGCUUGAAUCUGCAUUUUUUCAAACGUUUUAGAAAGAAAAUGCCAACGCCGGAGUAUUCAAUAGGCAUACCAGGAGAUGGCAGGUGUUUGUUUCGCUCUGUUGUUCAUGGUGCUACGCUUAGAGCCGGGAAGAAAUCUCCAAAUGAAAGCUUCCAGAAAGAACUUGCUGAUGAGCUGAGGCAGAAGGUUGCAGAUGAAUUCAUCAAGAGGCGAGCCGACACUGAAUGGUUUGUCGAGGGUGAUUUUGAUGCAUAUGUUGGGCGGAUGAGGCAGCCACAUAUUUGGGGAGGUGAACCUGAGCUGCUUAUGUGCUCACAUGUUCUGAAGACGCCGAUCACAGUUUACAUGUAUGAGAAUGACAGUAAAUAUGGCUCCCUCAAAAUCAUAGCUGAAUAUGGUCAAGAGUAUGGUAAAGAAAACCCCAUCCGAGUUCUGUAUCACGGCUAUGGACACUAUGAUGUAUUGCGGGGUUCAAUCAAUGGUGGCUCAUCCAAACUGUAUACAAAAAGAUGACUGGUGAUAGCUGCAAUAGUUGUGAUGGGAAUUCUGAAUUGUAAAUAUUUGAUGAAUUGGAUAUUUGCAUUAUGAUCGUGUCCAAAAUUCUGAACCGCAAUGGUUCAUGGAUGUAAAGAUUUCAUCUCGCUUUAAAUUUCCAAAGUCAUUUCAUGGAAUGGAAAUGAUCUAAUUCAGAUUCUUG